GCUCGCUCCCCGCCCGCUGCACCGGGGGCCGGGCCGUGCGCCCCCCACCCCGCCGCCGGCAGCAUUACCGGGUACAGGUAGAGCACGGCGCCCACCAGGAUGAGCAGGAAAGUGACGGCGAAGAUGGCGAAGUCCAGCAUGGCCGGGCCGAGGCGGCGGCAGCGGUAGCGCCUCGGCUCCACCCCGGCGCCGCCGGCGGGGCAGGAAGGGGCGGACCGGGCUGGGCCGGGCAGGGCAGGGAGCACGGCUCGGCUCGGCAGGGGCGGCAUGGGGGGCCCGCGGCGCCUGCUGCUGGUGUCUAACUCCACCCUGCACGGGGGGUACCUGGGCCACUGCCAGCAGCACAUCCAGAGCUUCCUCGGGCAGAAGGUGAAGCGGGUGCUGUUCAUUCCCUACGCCCUGCACGACCGCGACGCCUACGCCCGGACCGCCAGGGAGAAGUUUGAGAGCCUGGGUUAUGGGCUGGACAGCAUUCACGAAUCUUGUGACCCAGUAGAAGCUGUAAGGAAAUCUGAAGCAAUCUUUAUUGGAGGUGGGAACACAUUCCGUCUCCUGAAAGCUCUUUAUGACAACAGUCUGAUACACGAGAUCAGGAAAAGAGUUCUUGAGGAUGGGAUUCCUUACAUGGGAUCCAGUGCAGGAACUAACGUUGCUACCAUCAGCAUCAACACCACCAAUGACAUGCCAAUUGUUUAUCCACCUUCCCUGCAGGCCCUAGGUUUAGUUCCUUUUAAUAUUAAUCCCCACUACCUGGACCCAGAUGUGAAAAGCACUCACAUGGGUGAAACAAGAGAGGAAAGAAUCCGCCAAUACCAUGAAGAACCAAACACCCCUCCAGUACUGGGCUUGCGGGAAGGUGCGAUGCUGCUAGUGGAAGGAGACAAAGCCACGCUGCAAGGAUUGACAGGAGCACGUCUGUUUUUGAGGGGUAAGAAACCAACUGAACAUGAGCCUGGAACAGAUUUCAGUUUCCUCCUGACUGACAGUAAUCCCCCGAAUCUGUAGCCUUCCAUUUCCUGCAGCACAAAUUACUACAUGGAGAAGACAAUGAGGAAGAAGGAAAGAGAUGCUUUUAAGUCCCAGGGUGGGUGAGGAACCUCAUCUCUAUUUAUAAAUAUGUAUAGUGGGCUUUUUUCCUCACCCUGAUUCAUGUCCUGGACAUCUCCUUCCCAGCAAAAAGACAUUUUUUAUUGCAAUACUUGAGUAAUCAGAGCUAUUUGAAGUCUGAAAGGGUCUGUACAUUCAUGUAUCCAGUUUGAUUCCUUCCCCACCGAAAAAAAAAGGUAGUUUAACACAAGACAGGACAGCGAGUCAGCUGUUCCUGCUGCAUAGAUUUACCUGCUAAAUGAAAGAACUGUUCCUUCAGUGUACUUCCACACUUCAUUUCAUUUUUGUGCUAUUAAUAAAUGGAGAAGUUAUGCAUUCAA